AUGGACGAAGACGACAGCGAUCUGCUGUAUAACCUUGCUUGCGGGUGUGAAGCUCUCUUCGAGACCCAAGUUGCAAACCUCAGAGCGCAGACAUCCCCUGCGGCCGAUCUGGUCGCAGACUUCCAGCAGAGAUUCGCAAUAUGGGCGUCCCAUUUGGGCGUCUUUGCCCGCAAGAGCCAGUCUCUCGACACGAGGCUUCGAAAUCAUAGCGAUAUCCAGGAUCUCGUCGCCCGCCUCUUGGACAUUUUGCGGCGCAGUCUUGACCAGUGUGACGGAGCAAGCCGCGGCUUAUCACAAGCCAACGAUGAUGCUCUCAGAGAGGAGGCUUUGUCUGCCGUCGACGCCGCUCUCACCCGGUUAAACAGGCUCGGCGUUACGAUCCGCCAAUCUUCCCGUGGCAGAAUAGAGGAAAAAAUCCAGAGGCAUGCUGCUCGUCUUGAUCUCGGGCCCUUCACCGCCGUCUCGCAAGCCGUGACUCAACAGCUCUACCCCGAUGCACAUCCGUUGCUCCAGCAGUACCUGGGAAAGACGAUGGUGGACCGAUACGCCGCAAUGUUGUUUACGAAGGACCGCGAGGGAAAACUGAAGUCACGACGACCUCGAAACAACGUUGGCUUCAUGCCUACGAUCGAUGAAGGGCGCCAAUUGGAGGACCCACGGGAACACCUAUCGGGCCCGUCAGCGCAAAGGCUUAGCCACGAGGGGUUAUCCAGGACUUUGGGCUCUACAGCGCUCGCCGGGACACCUUCUACCGCCUCUCAAUCCGAUCUCUCAACCGUCAACAGCCAGGAGCUGAGGUUGGCCCUCCGCACAACAAACAAUUUCCUGGCUCCCACGGAACGGCGCAAGGGAACUUCGUCGGUCCAAGUGAGCCAGGGAAACUAUCCGCGGCUGCCAUCUCAAAAAGAAAGCAACUUCUUCGCUUGUGAGUGGUGCGGCAAGAUGAUCGACAAACGAGACAUGAGCGACAGUGACUGGAGGCGACAUAUUGACGAGGAUCUCAAGCCUUACACGUGCAUCUCGGACGCAUGUUCAGAUGGCCAUCCUGCAUUCCCAGGUUUUGCAUCGUGGCUCGCACACAUGAAAGAACACAAUCUACGUUGGCACCAGAGAGUUUUCCCAACAUUCAGCUGGAUCUGCGCGUUAUGCGACGACAACGAUGACAUACACAAGAGUCCCGACGCUCUCCAUGACCACUUGGUGCAAGCCCACGGAGAUAUGCUCCCCCCUGCGCAGCUUCAGGUCAUCGCCAGACAGAGCAAAGUGGAGCGGCCGAGACCGUGGAACGAAUGCCUCUUGUGCCACUUUACGGUCGAGGAUGCCGAACCCCCGCCCAAGCGCCAUAGGGAGCAACCCGUCAACGAGGCGGCCGGCGGUAAGAGCAGCAGGACAAACUUUGCCAUGAAGCAUCCCGAGCCCAUGAGGGACAUCGACCAGGACUCGGAUACAUCAGAUGACCCUCUGGAAGAGGCCGGGCUCGUGCCGACUUCGGAUAACGCCGAGACAAUGGCGCGACACAUCGCAUCACAUCUGCAGGCGUUGAUGCUGUUAACCAUCCGCCUAGCUUCCGUUCACGACGAUCGCGACCAGGACAGACAAGACGACGCCAACAGUGUCUCGGUCGAUGCCGGCGACACCGAUGAUGCGUCCUUCGUCAAGUCCGCUGCCCGGGAGGCAGCUACCGUGUCUACCGAAGAUGUCGAAAUGCCGGACGCUGAUGGAGAGGUACUCGAACCCGCGGAUUUGCCGCCAGACGAUCCCGCCAUCCCCGACGCCGACGUGGACUUUGAUGGCGUACCCAGACGACACGAUGACCUACCGGUUGAAGAAGACGUGUUCCUGCAGGGGCUGAUCAAAUCCGGAGCGUAUCAAGCACAUUUG